CCGUUUAGUUCGGUCACAUUUGGCUUCAAGAUAGGGGGCGCUGAAGUUCGUCGCCUAUUUUCCAAGAGGGCAGUUCGGCCUCGCUGAGCUGCUCAAAGUGUACACAGUUUACAGAAAAGUCUGGAAAAUGGUUGAAUUUGCGGAGAAACGUUACGAGGAUACGCUUCCUGAGCUGGAGCAAAUGGAAAGGAUCAAACUCUUUGAGAAAAAUGAGAUUCGGGCUAUUGCCAAGAAGCUGAAGGAGUUUGAGUGCAAAAUUCAGCGUCACACAAAGUGCAAGGAGGACUAUGUGGAAUACAUACAUUAUGAAAUGGAUCUUUUGAAAUUGAUCAAACAACGAAGAGAUAAAUACGGCAUUACCCAAAAAAAGUCAGACAUUGAUUUUGCUAUAGCGAAUAGAAUGAACAAUUUAUAUAAAGACGCGAUAUUCAAGUUUCAAGAUAUCAGAUUUUGGAUCGCCUACAUAAAGUUUUGCAAGCAUGUACAUUUUCACAGCAAUAUCAGUCACUUGAUCAGCAGAAUGUUGCAAGUGCACAGGGACGAGCCGAAAUGCUGGCAAGUAGCGGCGUGUUGGGAGUUGGACGAGAACAACAACAAGCAGAAUGCUCGGCAGUUCCUCCUCAGGGGUUUACACAUUCAUCCGGAUUCACAAUUGUUGUACAUUGAAGCUUUCAGACUCGAGUUGAACGAUCACGUAUCCGCGUCUAACAACGCUGAGAAUGCUGAGAACCAGGAGGACAAUUCAGCGUCGACGGUGGACGACAACGAGAUGCCGUUGCCGCUGAGGAGGGCGUACGUGAUAUAUCAGCAGGCUGUCGAACGCGUCAAUGACAUCAAAUUCAUAAUCAAGCUGCUCGCCAUUACCGAAGAAUAUGACAACACGGAGAAAUUGCAGAAGAAGAUUAUUAGCGAUAUGAUUCGGGAAUACGCCCACGAAGCUUUAAUGUGGGACAAGAUGGCGGAUCGCGAGUUGCAAGGCCUGGUCCAGCCUGGUCUCACCGACACGCCGAUGGAGCUGGACAAUUCCGAGCAAGCCUCACUCAGGGAUCGCAUCACCGCCUGUAACAAGGUCUAUCAAACGGCCGUGAAGAAAAUUAAGACCGAGGAGAUGUGGUCGCUCUACAUAAAACGCUUACUGGACAUCAAUAAGGAUCUACAGUCGUUGCCUAAUUUCAAGAGGAAACUGCUGAGGACCGCCUUGGCACAGGCUCAUCAGGCGAAGAAGCUGAAGGAAGAAUAUUAUUCGGACUGGAUCAAAAUGCUGAGCGCCGAGACAGGCGACGAGAACGCGCAGAAGAGGCUGAAUCAAGUUCUAUGCGGAGCGACUGAUGCGGUGCCGAACAGCGUGAAUCUUUGGCAAGAGCGAGUGAGGCAUCUGUUGCUCUCCGGGCAGGAGGAAGAAGCGGCCGCGAUAUAUCCGAAGGUGACGGAGAUAUUAGGGGAGAAAGCGUUGCCUCUGUGGAGAAUGCGGAUUCUGCAUGUGCAAACGAAAAACUCGGAGAAAACCGAAGAGGCAUUCCAAGCGGCUUUACAGGCGCAUCCCCUCAUCGCCAGAGAUAUCAAGUCCACUUAUAUCGAGUGGCUCGUCUUGACGAAAAGCAUCCGUGCGGCUCGCAAGGCGUACGACGGCCUGUGCAUGCAGCCGCCGUUCUCGCUGAGAUUUCACAGAAAGAUGGCGUCGCUCGAGGUCAUGCAGCCGGACGUCUCGGUGAGGCACGCGCGGCGACCUCACGAAUUGGCGACCCACCAGUUCGGCAGCACCGACACGUCCGUCUGGAUAGACCACAUCAAGUUCGAGACGAAGUACGGCGACGCGAAGAAAAUCGGCGAGAUACACGCGAGGGCGCUGAAGAACCUGGAACGCAGUCUGACGUACUCCUUCAUCACGGAUUACGCCCUGAUCACGUCCAAACCCGAUUCCAUGAACAGUUAAUUGGGAACCGUGUCGUAUAUGGCG